UCUCAGUAGCUCAUUAUUGCUACUGGGGAGAAUGCUGAUGAAGUGAUGCCGCAAAUUGAAGGGAUGGAUGAUUUUGGUGGGCCUAUAAUGCACACAAGUUCGUACAAAAGUGGUCGAUUGUUUCGAGGAAAAGAUGUUUUGGUGGUUGGUUGUGGGAAUUCAGGCAUGGAGGUCUCUUUGGAUCUCUGCAACUGUAAUGCUCGCCCAUCCCUCGUCGUUAGAAACUCGGUGCACGUCUUGCCUCAAGAGAUGUUAGGCAAAUCAACUUUUGGUUUAUCCAUGGGGUUGCUGAAAUGGUUCCCAGUAAGCCUCGUGGAUCGGUUUUUACUUCUGGUCUCUCGUUUCAUUAUGGGAGACGCUGGAAAACUCGGCAUCCAUCGUCCGAAACUCGGUCCUCUUGAGCUCAAAAGCCAGUGCGGAAAGACACCGGUUUCGGAUGUUGGAACACUAGCAAAGAUCCAGAAUGGUGACAUUAAGGUCUGUCCGGGAAUAAAGCGAAUAAUUCACCGUACCGUGGAGUUUGUAGAUGGGAGAAAGGAGGAUUUUGAUUCCAUCAUCCUUGCCACUGGUUACAAAAGCAAUGUACCACACUGGUUGAAGGAGGGAGAUUUGCUCUCAGAGGAAGAUGGUAUGCCUCGGGAGGCAUUCCCAAGAGGGUGGAAAGUUGAACGUGGACUGUACGUUGUAGGGUUUACAAAGCGUGGUUUGCUUGGUGCCUCCUUUGAUGCCAAAAUGAUAGCUGAAGAUAUUGAGCUUCAAUGGAAACCUGAGGCCACAAAUUUAUUGCCAUAUAUUCAACCACUCACUCUUUAAUUUCCCCGAGCACAUUGUUCGCCGAUGACA